AUGGAUAAGGUGAAGAAGAAAAAUCGACAAAGUCUAACUUGGUCUAAGAAACGUGGAGAUGAAAGUGAAGAAAACGAUAUGUUUUCUAAUAUUCCUCAAGAACUGAUACUAGAGAUUCUCCUAAAAUCGUCGGCUGAAUCCAUAGCGAUCCUCUGCUUCGUUUGUAAACGCUGGUUAUCUAUUAUCCGCGACAAGGAUUUCACGGAGCUGUACCUGACUCGAGCUUCUACUCGGCCUCGUCUUCUUUUCAUAGUACACCUUCGGGACAUUCACUCGUUUAUCUCCCGAUCCCUGGAGGAUCCGAAUUCUGAUUGUUAUAGGGCAACUCUUACUCCGAAACCCGAUUCUCGGUAUUGGUUUUCUCCACCCGUCCGCGGCUUGAUAUGCUGUUUUAAAGAUGGGCUACGUAAAGUUAUUGGGACGGAGGAGUAUCAAGUUUUCACUUUAAGAGCUAAAGAAGAAUGGAGAAUGAUUGAAUCUAAGCUCGAUAGACCAACCAAGUGUCCAAUAAGCUUUAAUUUGGCAUCUGAAGAAUUUAAUGUUAUUAAGUUCCCUGAGGAUAGUAAACGUCUACGACGGCCUUGUGAACUGGUUAACUACGGUGGAAAGAUAGCGUUAACAGAUUGCAUAUGUUGCGGUACACUUGACUUGUGGAUUCUCGAGGAUGUCAUUGGGAAUGGUGAAUGGUUUAAGUUCAGGGGUGCACUUAGUACCGGCGAGCUUAUAUUUGUUCCGCAUUAUAGCGGAUGGCCGAGACCGUUCUCUUUUAUUUGUUACGAUCUCAAGGUAAACCAUGCCAGAAAAGUUGUGACUCAAGGACUUGGGGAUGGCUUUAGAGAUAUCAAAGUCUUUUUGGAUCACGUAGAAAGUCCAAUGUUUCUAGUUUCUUCUACCAACGAUGUGUUAAUCCGAUGA